AUGCUUCAAUCAGCCCUUUACCGGAUCCUGCGAAUUUUCUUCGUUACCCUUGACUUCUGGUUCAACACCGAUCCCCCAAUAAGCCGAGUCCAAAGGAGCGGUAAGCCCUCAGAAUCAACUCCACUUAAUAUCCUGACUUCUUCGCCUGGUGUCAAGGAAAUCGAAAUGUCAUCUUCUGACCUAACCCAAUUGGAAACCUGGGAGGAAAUCUACAAAGCGGAGUGCCUUAGUUUUAAGGCUAGUCUUGAGACCCAAGCUCAGAUCCUGAGAAAUGAUCCGGAAAGUCAAGGAGUAGAUCGUAUCGAGGAUGUUCGCAAAGAGCUAAUCUCACUUUCCCAUCAGACAGAGCGAAUCAAAGAGGCUGCAUUUGAAAUGGUCGACGAGACCCCGGACAGUGUAUAUGUGCGCAAUGCAACUCCCGGGUGGCUCUCUUCCCGAUUUGGAGAUCCACAGCUAGAACAGGUAUGUAUUAGCAUGGAAUACAGCUUGGACCGAUUGGCGUUUGAACUUAGAUUCGACCCGUCAAUGGACCUUAUGGUCGCCGGGCACCUUGAGCAAAUGACCGACGAUAUUGAAAUGGACUUUCUUUAG